UUUCCCACAAAAAUUUUCAUCUUCUAUUCGCGGUUCCUUUUUAUUCUCCACACCUUCACUUUUGAUCUGCAGUCAGUCCAAAUUCUUCAAUAACAAGUAAGAUUUUUGUUUCUUAUCAAGAAAUUUAUGAUUUAUAUUCUAGGUUUCUGUUGAUUUUUGCUUCUCACCGGUCGGGUAGCCACUGCUAUUUAGCUUUAUUUAUAUUUCAUGUGUUUGGAUUUCAAUUUUGCUUCGUAUAAUUGACGUGUAUAAAAGACAAAGGAUUUCAAUUUUGUUGUUGGUUUAUAAUUGACAUAUUAAAAGACAAAGGAAUCCAAUUUUGCUUCGUAUAUAUGCAUUUGACGGCUUCUGUUGUUUUUUUUCAUAUAUGCACGUAUUUGCUUCUGUUGUCUUUUUUCAUAUAUGCACGUAUUCUUAUUAGCUUUAUAUUAGGCUUGCUUAGAAAUAAUUUUGUUUUAGUUUUCAAAAAAGGUUAUGUCUAGCUUUAAUUUUCAGGGUCUCUUGGGAAGGAUGAUGAAAGUAAAAUCAAAUUUGGGAAAACAUCUUUUCCUUCUAAUUAGUAUGCAUAUGAAGAGAAUGGAUACAUUGAAGCUAAUUAUGCAUAUGAUUAGAGCUAUUUUUGCACAUCACUAUCGAAAAUAUUAUUUAAAGACCCCAUAUUCCGUGAGUGAGAUUGACCGAUCACGUUACAUUCACAGACUGAUCUAUGAGAGUGAUAACACAUGUCAUGAACAAUUACGUAUGGAUAGAUAUACAUUUAGGCGCCUAGUUCACAUGCUUGGAACGAUUGGACGACUAAGACCUACGAAUAACCUGACAGUUGAUGAGCAAGUUGCUAUAUUUUUGUACAUCCUAGCCCAUCAUCAAAAGAAUCGUACAAUGAAAACUAAUUUCUUGCGGUCAGGCGAAACAAUUAGUAGGUAUUUCAAUAGGGUAUUAAAUGCAGUUCUUAGGCUUCAAGGUCAUUUACUAAAAGCUCCCUCCGCUUUACCUGAGGAUUCAACUGAUGCGAAAUGGAAAUGGUUUAAGAAUUGCAUAGGAGCUCUUGAUGGUACCCACAUUGAAGUGAAAGUAUCCGAGGUUGAUAAACCUAGAUAUCGUAAUAGAAAAGGUCAUACUUCUACAAAUGUGUUAGGCGUAUGUUCACAAGACAUGCAAUUUAUAUAUGUACUUGCGGGUUGGGAAGGUUCAGCGGCAGAUGGUAGAGUGCUUCGAGAUGCUUUAAGUAGAAGAAAUGGGUUACCAAUACAAGAUGGUACGUAGCUAGACACUUUUAAAAUUUUAAUUCAAUAUAUAUUGAAGCAUUGACUGAUUCUCAAAGAUAAAAAGCUGCAAUGAAACUUGUUCGAGAUCCUGAUUUAUUAGAUUACUUUUUCACUCUUCAUGAUGAAGGGGCUAAAAAGAUGUUUCUAAUAGAACUAUUAGGAUGAAAUUACUUUUUUACGUUUUUGCUACCAAACUAGACUUCUUCAAUUUCAUGGACUAGCUAAAGAUUAUUUGCUUUUAUAAUUAAAUUCAA